AUGGUGGAUCGAAACUGUCACGUUGCGGGGGCUGUUUCCGAGAACCUGACCUAUAGUUGCCAUGGCGACGCUAUGUUUCUGUGCUCCAGUGAACCAAUAAAAUGCAUACCAGUAGGCAUGAAAUGCAAUGGGGUCAGUGAAUGCAGCAACGGUGCAGACGAGAGCGUGCAAAACUGCGGUUGUUUGCCAAAUGAGUUCCAGUGCAAUUCUACAUCGUGCAUAGAUAGCAUCAAGCGUUGCGAUAGAAACCAAGACUGUCAGAACUCGGAGGACGAAAUUGGUUGCGAAGUGGCAGACGCCAUUAUCAGAAGUAUUUGUAUUGUCUGUAUUGUCCUUUGUCAUUUGCACGAUCGUCUGUGCUUCCAGGCUUAUUCCCCUUUGAUUGUUUGCCCUUGUAAUGUAAUUCGUGUAAUUGCCCGAAAUUGUAGUCUCAAGUAUAUACUUCUUUGUGCGUGUAGUCUGAUUCCUAUGCAUCAGAAUUUAUAUGUGUUUAAUCUUAAUAACAGAAAAAAGAAAGAUUUUUUGUCGGUUUUAUUUUCUUAUACAGAGACCUACACCUGUCCGCCCACUCACAGCAAGUGCGUGAACCAUUACUGCAUACCUCUUGAGUAUGUAUGUAACCAUGACGACGACUGUGGAGACAACAGUGACGAAGGAAACGUGUGCGAGUACCGAGAAUGUUAUUACACGGAGUUUGCCUGUAGUAACAAGCUCUGCAUACCAGAAGGGAAGCUGUGCGAUGGCGUGGCCAAUUGUAAAGAUGGCAGUGACGAGGAAAACUGCGGCGAGCAUUUCCAAUGUGAGAAUGGGUUUUACAUCACACGGAACAAAGUCUGCAACGGCUUUAUUGACUGUCAGGAAACCCAGGCAGACGAGACUAACUGCGGUAAUUGUACGGUGGAUCAGUACCGGUGUAUGAAUGGCCGCUGUAUACGAAGGUCCAACAUCUGUGACGGGGAGUGUGACUGCUACAGCACCUGCGACGAUGAGCGUAACUGUGAAAAAACGGCCUGUCCCCUUGGAGACAGUUUUAUCUGCAAGAACAGUAACCGCUGCAUCGACAAGAAAUACCUCUGCGAUGGGGCCAAUGACUGCGCCAAUACCAGGAUGGGGAUGGACGAGUACUUUUGCAAAGCAAACCGGUCCGAGUGCGAUCCCCGCACGAAAAUCUGGUGCCAGGAGGGGAGAUGUCUGCCGGCCACGGGUCCAGAGAGAGUCACCUGUGAUCACUAUGCGGACUGUCUCAACGGAGAGGACGAAGAAGGCUGUGAGUCACCAUUACAUUCUUCCAAUAAAAGAAUUUUGUGUCCUACGAAAUCUCCAUGGAGUGUAUCUUCCACGUCUUCGUCUUCUUCAUCGUCGACGUCAACCUGUGACACUUGUAAAAAUGAUCUCAAAUCUGAGAUUCUUGAACUGAAAUCAGCGGUUUAUACGAUGGGCUUAGCGCUGGGCCAAUUAGUUGAUGAACUCCGUGAGUUCAAAGCGGAGAAAAGUGAUGUUGUUCCAGCUUUUGUUGUUCCUCCCAUUCAAAAUAGAAAGGAGAAUGAACCAGUCAUUGUUCGAAGGCCAACAAUCACUGAAAGGUGUCAUUACCAGCCAUCUCCUGCGAGUUCACGUGGUCGAGGUCGUUUUCAUCUCUACCUUCUAGAUUACCCACCGUGUAACUCCAGUCAGUUCCAUUGUCACAACGGCCAGUGUAUACCCUGGGAGCAACGAUGUAACGGUGGACCGCCGGAUUGCUUCGAUCGCUCCGACGAAAUAAAUUGUGAGCAGAACACUUGCGCGUACGGUCUUGCCAGAUGCAAGUCGGGUCAGUGCAUCCCGCAGGAGUUCUGGUGCGACUACAUCCGGGACUGUCCCGACUUCUCCGAUGAAACAGACUGUGAAAGAAGGCGGUGCAACAUCAGUGAAUUUCGCUGCGCUAACGGGCAGUGUAUCGACCAAAAGUAUGUCUGCUACAACGGAAAGAAAAUUGGACGAAAGGGCUGCAUGGACGGAUCCCAUCUUCUUAAUUGUCGUAAGUAACACUGUCUGUCCGGCCAGUUCAAAUGCACGUCCUCCUACUGCAUUGACACAGAAGACAAGUGCGAUAAUAACAUCGACUGCAAGAUGACAUACGUUGACGAAAAGGACUGCGGCUUCACCUGUCCCAGCCCCGAGAAUGUAUGUGACUGCAUUGACAUCGAGAUGCACUGUGAGAACCGCGGCCUCGACCACCUGCCGUACGAUCUUUCCAACGAAGACAUCACAAAGUUUCACAUGUCUCACAAUGCCAUCAACUUGACCAGCGACAUGUUUGACAAGCUCAGCAAGAUCGUAUACCUAGAUUUAAGCUCGAACGGGAUAGUUCACAUACCGGACGGGGUGUUCAAGAACUUAUGGCGACUGAUAACGCUGAAGCUUGAAAACAAUGGUAUAGAAGUGAUCACCAAUGGGACCUUCCACGGGCUGACUUUCUUACGAACUAUAAACCUUAACGGCAACAAGAUACGUGAGAUGACUCCGUAUGGAUUCAUGGGGCUGUCACAUUUACAUGCUCUGAAUCUCAGUUAUCAAUCUAUCCAGCGUCUACAUCAGAACACGUUCUCCGGACUCAGGAAUGUUCGCACCCUGAAUCUGUCCCACAACGCUAUCACGUUUAUCGAAGAAGGCGCGUUCAAUGGCCUCGCAUACUUACUUUCUCUAGACAUUUCAAAGAACGACAUCGACGUCAUUGAAGAGAACGUAUUUUCUGGACUGAAGUCUCUGGAUUACCUAUUGACUGACGAGUUCCGAUUCUGCUGCGCGGCGCGGGUGGUUGGUCGCUGCCUCCCGGAACCGGAUGAGUUUUCUUCGUGCACAGACCUCAUGUCCAACUACGUUCUGCGCGCCAGUAUUUGGAUCCUCGGCUUGGUCGCCUUCUGGGGAAACAUCGUUGUGGUUGUGUGGCGGACCAUGGACCUUAGGAACGGCAAGGUCCACUCCUUCCUGAUCACAAACCUCGCCGUGGGUGAUUUCCUGAUGGGAGGUUACCUGAUGAUCAUCGCCGUCGUAGAUGCUUACUAUCGAGGAAACUACAUCCUGUACGACCGGUUUUGGCGGGAAAGCGUCCUCUGCAAAGUGGCGGGAUUUCUCUCCACGUUCUCCAGCGAGCUCAGCGUAUUGACCUUGACCGUAAUUACGCUGGAUAGGCUGAUAUGCAUCAUAUUUCCGCUUCACUUCCGGCGUCUGAAGCUGAAGGGCGCUUUUUGCGUGAUGUCAUUCGUCUGGGUGACGGUGUCUGUGGUGUCCGCUAUACCGUUGCUAGGUAUCGACUAUUUUGGGAACUUCUAUGGCCGCUCCGGCGUGUGUUUAGCAUUCCACAUUACAAACUCAAAGCCCAAGGGCUGGGAAUAUUCCGUUGCCGUGUUUCUCGUUCUUAAUUUCAUGUCGUUUCUAGUGAUCUUUUUCUCGUAUCUUCGGAUGUUCUUCGUUGCUAAGCAGACACGAAGUGCCGUACGAAAAAUUCAAGACAAAAAUGACAGCGCCAUGGCCCGUAGAAUGACCCUGAUCGUUGCCACCGACUUCUUCUGCUGGGUCCCCAUAAUUCUGCUGGGCUUCGCCUCGCUAGGUGGAGCCACGAUUCCCACAGAGGUGUACGCCUGGGUGGCCGUGUUCAUCCUGCCCCUGAACUCCGCCGUGAAUCCCGUCUUGUACACAAUCUCCACGGCGCCCUUUCUACGUAAUUUCCGGAAACGUGCUAGCUACUUCCGAAAGUCUUUCAAGUUCUCCACUAAAAUUGAGACUAAGAACAGUUUCCUCGACAGAUCAUCCCAUGUCUGGGACCGGAAGCCCAUAUACCGCCAUCUUGAAUUGAUGCGCAUGCGCAGUAUGAACAAUACGCCGUUGACCAGAGAUUCUAGUCACAGCCGUUCCACUACUCGUUUACAUUCGGAUCACCUAUAAAUUUCCAGCACAUGACUUGUAUUCGUAGAAUUUGAUCAUUUUACAUCGCAUGUUAAAUCAAAGUACUGACAGUACUGGUGUGACGAUGCUUUUGAGAGGAUGGAUAUAAAAGCAUCAGGUUAAGUUUAUCUACAUCACCACAAUCACCACAAUUGUGUAUGUUGGUACGAAAAAAAAUUUGGCACACGAAUUUUGCGACAAAAAUUUGGGUAUGAAAAC